GAAUACUGAGCAAUGGCCAAAAUGGAGACCCUGGCUUUGCAGCGCAAGAUCCAGGUGGGAAUGCUGUAUGACUGCAGCAAAGAUGCCCUUCUCCCAGAUGCUGCUUUAUGGGAUGAGAAUACCCUUGGAAAGAAUACUCAGUUUAAGCCGAGCCCCAGUAACGAAAGGACUAUUAUUGAAUCAGACACCAUAGAAGAUAAAAUGUCUGCCUUGAAGAUUCCAGAGUCGCUGAAGGCCAGCCUGCUGUGUGGCUUGCUGGAACCCAAAGGGUCGGCAAGGUACUUGCAAGACAGCAAGAGCUCCUGUCACCAGGCUCGUGUGGCUCUCCUGUGCUCAGUCACAACCAAGCUCAGGCAGCUCGACGUGAACAGACUUUCUUGCCCUGACGACUGUAACAUCCAGACAGCCAGCCGUAUCGUGACUGACGUGCUGUAUGGAGCUCAGGCUAUCUUUGUGCUUGACCAAGAGGCGUCUCCUUUGGAGGAUCUGCAAGAAAUACAGAAGAGUCUCCAAGUCCAGGUUAAAAGAAUCCUUUCAGGGGCCAGUGAAGGGAUUGCAAGGGGGAAGAAAGUUAAUUGCAAGAUUUACAGCGAUGUCCCUCUAGCGGACCAUCCCAUGACUUACGGGGAAGCUGAAAACAUUUUCUCCACCGUCUCUAAGCAUCUGGCUGAGCAGGCUGUGCCUGUGAGGAUCUGGUUACAUCCUCUGACUAAGCUGGGCUUCAAAAUUCCAUGCCGUUUCCGUGAAAUCAACCCAGAAAUCAUCUCUGAAGUCCAGAAUGUCCUGCAGCAGUUGACCGAAAUAGACAUGCGACAGAACGAUCUGGCAAAAUAUCCCGCAGCCACAACUUUUCCUGAAAUCAAGAGGAAACUCCAGCAGUUCCAAGGUCUGUAUCAACAGUACAGGCAGAAUCUUCAGAAACGGCUGUCGAGAACCACACCCUUAAUCCGCAGGGGCGAGGAAGAGGAAGAUGCCCUCACCGACUUGUUAAGCAACAAGCAACAGGCGCUCUUCAGUGGCCUGCAACUCAGUGCAUUUCUAGACAGAAGAGAGCAGGAGCUGGUGUUUGUAAAUUCCUAUCUGGAUGUCCUGAAAGACGUGGAUGUUGUGUCCACCAGGAAAGAAUUAGACAGACUCCUGGUCAAUCCCUCUCUGAGGUGGGUCGUUGCAUUUGUGUUCACUUCAUUACAAGAUGGCGACUCGUAUUUAUCUGACUUGGAAAAUUCACUAGCAGCUAAGAAAAGCUUUUGUCCUGUAGCCAUGACUUCUACCAGUGAGAAGUUGUGGUUUGAGCAUAGAGAGAUAAGCAAAAAAGCACGUGGAUCUGCCAGGGCCUUCUUAGCGUUAGCCCACAGGUGUUCCAAGGACACGAAAUUGAUUGUUUGUGCCCUUCCAGAUCUGGACCAUCCAGGCAUUUCCAUCUAUCUAUAUGAAGACGGAGAGCUGGUGAGCACCAACUUUGAACCUCCCUCCAAGCCUUUGCCUCCCUCCAUUGGCGAGGUCUGUCAGGACUCCAUGCAGCUUACGUUCAAUGCUGCGUCCUACGGGAAGGCUGAAAUCUCGGGCUAUCGGGUGGAAUAUAGGCCUGUAGGGCAGGAGAACUGGGUGCCUGUGGAGGUGAAGGGUAAACAGCAGACCUUCACAGUAACGGGGCUUCACUCCAGUGUUGGGUAUCAGUUCCAAUACGCUGCUGUGAGCAGGCUGGGGUUCAGUGAGAGCAGCGACCCCAGUGACAUUGUGAAGACACUGCCUGAAGGCAGCCCUGGGAAAGCACAGAAGGCAGCCGUUACGUGCCAAGUGAGCCCUCUCCACCCUCAGGGACCCAGCAUUUCCGGAUCUGACCGCAACAUACAGGAGUGUGAGCCGGCGGAUAAAAAAGAGCCCAACGAUACAGAUGAUGAAAGGAAUGGAAAUACAUUUCAAGAAGUAGCAAGAAUGAGCCAACGUGAUAGAAGUGGCAGAAUGGAACCUCUUGGUGAAGCUCUCUCUGAGGCCUUACUUGAGAAGCCUGAGAUGUCUCCAUCUCCAAAGAAAGCUGAUGAAAGAAUCACAGAUAAAAUGAUCAAACAAAGCACCCUGCUAGAUGAUGGGCCGCUGCCCGUUUAUCAACUUCCGUUAAAAAAGUCUGUCUCUUCUUGUGACGGUUUCAUAAAAUACAAGCUGGGGUAUGAGGACCCUAAAAAACCCCACAAAGUGAUCAUGGUGAUGGGAGCUACAGGAUCAGGGAAGACGACCCUGAUCAACGGGAUGAUCAACUACAUCUUGGGUGUGCACUGGGAAGAUGGCUUCCGAUUCAAUCUUAUCCAUGAACAGACCAACCGAAGCCAGGCUGAGAGCCAGACAUCUGACGUGACAGCCUAUGAAAUCAAUUUCCGGAAGGGCUUCACGAUCCCGUAUUCCCUAACUAUCAUUGACACCCCAGGCUUUGGAGACACCAGAGGAAUAGAGCAUGAUAGGCAGAUAAUUGAAAAAGUCCGGGAGUUUUUCUGCACUCCAGGUGGCAUUGACCAUAUCGAUGGGGUCUGCUUUGUGGUUCAGUCCUCUUUAGCCCGUUUGACGCAAGCCCAGAAAUAUGUUUUUGACUCAGUUCUCUCCAUUUUUGGAAAGGAUAUAAAAGCCAACAUACUGAUCCUGGUGACCUUUGCAGAUGGACAGGCUCCCCCUGUUCUUGAGGCCAUCUUGGAAUCUGAGGUGCCGUGUGCUAAAGAUGACAAUAACUACCCUGUUCACUUUAAGUUCAAUAAUUCUGCUCUAUUUGUCAGCAAUUUUGCAGCCGGAGAGAACACACUCAACUUUGACAAAAUGUUCUGGAAAAUGGGAACUGCCAGCAUGCAGACAUUUUUUCAGUCUUUACUUGGCUUAGAACCCCGAAGUCUAAUACUGACCAAAGAAGUGCUCCAGGAACGUAAGAGGCUGGAAACAGCUGUGGAGGGUCUGCAGCCGCAAAUCAAAGCUGGCCUGACCAAACUGGACUCACUGAGAAAAACAAAACAGAUUUUGGAGCAGCAUAAAGAUGAGAUGGCGGCCAACAAGGACUUUGAGGUUGAGGUGCCAAAGACUAUAGCAAAGAAAUUUGAAAUAAAUGAGGGGUUCAUAACUAAUUGCCAGAAAUGUCAUUUUACGUGUCACUACCCUUGUUAUAUUCCAAAUGAUCGAGAAAAGCACAAAUGUACUGCUAUGAAUGGUAAAGGAGAUUGUGAAGUUUGCCCUGGUAAAUGCAGGUGGGACAUACAUUUCAACCAAAAAUACAGGUGGGAGUACGAGACUGUAAAGGAGAAGCAAACUUAUGCCCAAAUCAAGGAGAAAUACGAACGGGCCUGCGGGGAGGUGUUGACCACAGAGAAGUUCUUUGAAGAGCUCCAGGAGGAAUAUGCAGCCGUGGAAGAUGCAGUCUUGACACUCAUCGAGCAGUCUUCCCACAGCAUCCAGCGCUUGCAGGAAAUCGCCUUGAAGCCCAACCCGAUGGCAACCCCUGAACACAUCGACUUACUGAUCCAAGCCGAACAACAGGAAGCAAAGCCGGGGUUCCAGGAUCGCAUAAAGGCCCUGCAGGGGGUGAGAGAAAUGGCUGUGAUCGUGAACAAGAUUGCCAGGAAUGAGCCCCUGCUGCCGGCGGAAGAGAUAGCCGUCAGGAAGUGCAAAGCUAAGUCAUCAAAAUACUAUCAGAAAAUCUGGAGUAAAUUCACAAAUUGGAUUGCUUCUAGUGUCUUGUAUUAAGUGAAGCAUGCUGAUUUUCAUUUGGCCUGUUUACAAAUGUCUGUGUGUGUGGGGGGGGCUUGUUACUAUUAGAGAAGCAACACAGCCCAUUGCUACUGGAAGCCCCUCCCUCCCUCUGCUUUUCAGUAAAAUCUAGUUCAUGGAUACAGCUCCGAGCGGUCUUCUCCUUCCUCUCCCCAUGUUUAGUUGCAGUCCUGCAGACGCUUUCCUGGGAGUAGACCCUAGGGGUGCCAGCCAAUGACAGGAGACUGGGAGGUAGGGACAUGAAGGAGACUGCCAUCAUGUCAGCUGUGAUGUCAUUUCCUUGUCGAACCCAGAAGUGACAUCACUUUGGUACGGGAUUCAAUGGAAACUCUGUGGUAAAACUAAAUCCUAGAUUGGUGUGAUGUCAGUUUUGUGUUCGGCCCAGAAAUGAUGUCAUGCUAUUGAAGUGAUGGCAGUUUUUGAUUAUCCUUCCCCCCCCCCCCGACCUACUGAGCGGCAGCAGGGAUGAGGGCGUGCCAUAGGACUGCCAGUCCUAGCUUCUUCCUUUGUGAGUUUUGUCCUGUGCAGUUGUCGUGUCCUUGUAUUAAUUUGGCUCCACUUUCAUAACUUUUUCCCUUUUUUACUUAACUGCUGUAUUGUUUGUUUAAUAAACUGUUUCUUGUUUACUCUCUUUGGGUCCUUCAUACCUCAUAUUUGGUCCUAUAACAGGACACACCCUGCCUGCAUAGAUCCCUCCUUCUGCAACAAGCUUAAAACCUGAUUUGCCUUCAUCUUAAAAAUUGUAAUCAAUAUGCAUUUAGCAAAGUUUAAGAAAUAGUAGGAGAUCUGAUUUUUAUUGCAUGGUGUUUUUCCCUGGACUUGUAGGUUUAAUUUACACUUGUUCCUGUUUAUUGAUUU